CCCAGGAGAAAGACCUUGCCCACCUCAGCAACCUUCAUCGAACCCAACCUCCCCAUUUCAAUUUCAUCAAGUCCAUGAUUUGAAAACUUCUUGAUGCUUAAUCAAGCUCCUGUACAGUUUCCAAACUUCUAAUGUAGCUCGUCUAUACCCCUUCACGCAACUGCGCCAUCGACCAACCAGAGCCCAGCCAGGACCAGGUCGUCGCUUCCCGGUUGUUCAAUUAUUCAGCUCAAAUGACCUCAUAUACCAAACUCCCUAGCAAGUGCGACACUCCGAUUUGUUCUAUAAGCAUGCACGACAUCACCAGCUAAUCGUCCCGGCUGCUAUCGCCAUGUCGUCGUCCCCCUCCUUCUACAAGCAGCUGGGCCUGGGAGCCGGCUCCCCCUUCUCCGGCCGCCACAUCCUCCUCUUCAUCCUCGGCGCAGGCUUCCUCGUGUUCACCGUCUUCGUCGUCCACCCCAACGAGUUCCGCAUCCAGUCCUUCUUCUCCACCGGCUGCACACCUCCCGGCACGGACGCUGCACCACCGGUCAAGGAUGCCAGCGCGCCCCAUGCUGCCACCACGGAGGCGACACAGACGCCGGCACCGGACGACGUGCGCCUCCUCAUCGGCAUCCAGACGCUGCCGGGCAAGUACGAGCGGCGGCACCUGCUGCGGACCGUCUACUCCCUCCAGGUCCAGGAGCAGCCGUCCCUCGCCGGCAGGGUGGACGUCCGGUUCAUCUUCUGCAACGUGACGUCCCCGGACGACGCGGUAUUCGUGGCUCUGGAGAUCAUGCGGUACGACGACAUCAUCGUGAUGGACUGCGCCGAGAACAUGGACAACGGCAAGACGUACACCUUCUUCUCCACUGUGGCCCGCGCGUUCAACGGCACCGACGGCCCGAGGUACGACUACGUGAUGAAGGCCGACGACGACACGUACCUGCGUCUGCCGGCGCUGGUGGCGUCGCUGCGCGGCGCGGCGCGGGAGGACGCCUACUACGGGCUGCAGAUGCCGUGCGACCGCGAGAACUUCUACCCGUUCCCGCCCUUCAUGUCCGGGAUGGGGUACGCGCUGUCGUGGGACCUGGUGCAGUGGGUGGCGGCGUCGGAGCUGAGCGCGCGCGACCACAAGGGGCCCGAGGACAUGUGGACGGGGCGGUGGCUGAACUUCGCCGGCAAGGCCAAGAACCGGUACGACAACGCGCCGAGGAUGUACAACUACAAGGGAGCCUCGCCGGACAGCUGCUUCCGGCACGGCUUCGUCCCGGACACCAUCGCCGUGCACAUGCUCAAGGACGACGCGCGGUGGGCCGAGACGCUCAGGUACUUCAACGCCACGGCCGCGCUGCCGCGCUCCGACCUCUACCACCUACCGCUGCCGGCCAGCCCUUGAAUUGAACCGUUCUUCGGCUUUCGCUCUCCUGGGGCUCAAUCGGCCCAGAUGCGUGCGUUGAAUAUUAUGAAGGGUUGGUGGGGGGUCGUUAGAAGAAAGGACGAUAUACUUGUUCAUUUCGUGUUGCUGAAUAAUGCUGAUAGAAUACGAGAUGACAUAGCUUUCUUGUGGAUUUGUUAGAUUUUUUGAGUCUGUAAGGAUGUCUAAUCGGAUUCGUUCGUCUUAUCUGAUAAACCACGUGCUUAUAGACAGAAAGACGGCUAUUGCCGGGAUGGAA